GGUGGCGGGGGGAGAGACAUAGGCCGCGGCGCGCGGCGAUGACGUAAGAGCAGCCGCUUCGUUGAGGGCGCAGAGGUGGUGGAGUUGUCGGCUGUCCGGGGCCUGUGAGAUGCAGAAUGGAGAAGCAGUUAAGUUUUGGGACUGUAGAUGAUGCGGUCCGUUACCAGUUAUUCCUAGUACAUGAAUCAGAAGACCCAGAGCAUCAUCAAGACAUUCUACAGCAAUAUAUUGAAAGAAUACUAGCACAUUUUGCCCCCAUCCUGGUUUCCUAUAUCUGGCAAAAUGAACCAUUUAAUCUAAAGUACAAACCUGCAAAAGGAAAUAUUCCUGCUCAUAUUGCUGGUCUCACAAAGUUUGGCGAUAAUAUCGAAGAUGAAUGGUUUAUCAUUUACCUCAUAAAAGAAAUUACAAAGGAGUUUCCAGAAUUAUUAGCUAGAGUGGAUGAUAAUGAUGGUGAAUUCCUUCUGAUAGAAGCAGCUGAUUACCUUCCAAAGUGGCUGAAUCCUGAAAAUAGCAUCCAUCGGGUAUUCUUUCAUAGUGGAGAAUUAUGCAUAAUUCCAUUACCGAAGACUCCUGAAGAGAAGGAAUUACUGCCUGCUAUAAAUCCUACAAUUCCCCAGGUGCUAAAAUUGUUUUCUACCCAUUCUGGGCAUUUUGUGGCUUCAAAAUCUAUUAAAGCAGCAGUAUCUAAACGAAUCAAUGGGUAUCCUGAGAAGAUCCAGACCUUUCUUCAUCGAGCUCACUGUUAUCUUCCAGCAGGCAUUGCGAUAGUUCUGAAGCAGCGUCCUGCAUUAGUGUCAGCAGCAGUCCAAGCUUUUUACCUUCGAGAUCCCAUUGACUUAAAAGCAUGCCGCGUUUUCCAAACCUUCCCCCCUGAGACACGUGUAAUGACAUCAGUUACUUUUACAAGGUGUCUGUAUGCGCAGCUGAUUCAACAGACAUUUGUACCAGACAGACGGAGUGGCUACUCGUUGCCUCCUCGUUCACAUCCUCAGUACAAAGCAUAUGAACUAGGCAUGAAACUGGCUCAUGGUUUUGAAAUUUUAUGCUCAAAGUAUAAUUCAGCUUCUCCUGAUUCCAAGAAACAAGUGUUGAAUGUUCCAUUAUGGGAUAGAUUUCUCAGUGCCCUGAAGAAGAACAAUUAUUUUAAGGGUGAACUAGAAGGUUCUGCCCAGUAUCUUCAUCAGUUGCAAAUGGCAGAAAACUAUUUUCUACAGACUGUAGCCAACCCAGAAAGUUCAGUUGCUGUUAGCCCAGGAGAAGAAAUUCUAACAAUAUUAAAAACAAAUUCCUUUAAUUUGGAGGAUUUGAGAAAAAGCUCAAAUGUUCUACCUCCAGAGGAUGAUGACACUUGGCUGGAGAUUUCUCCAGAUGCUCUGGAUCAGAUUCUUAAGGAGACAUCUGGCAUGAAUAAAUCUGCUUCUGCUGCAGCGGAAGACCAGAACUGUGACUUGACUGAGGUUGCUGAAAGCAUGAAGGCUUUUAUAUCCAAAGUCUCAACAUACAAAGGAGCAGAAGUGCCAUGGUCUUCUGCUGAGGCCCCUGUCAGUUUUGAUGUUGACUCAUUCACAGACGCUUUGGAUAAAAUACUGGGGCCACAUUCAGAAGAGCUGGACUCUGAUGACUUAGAAGAAGAAGAAGAAUUUGAAUUCUUAGACAGCGAUGAAGAGUCUGCUUUAAAAGCUGAUACUCAAGGAGAUACAGCAUCUUGGAAUGAAACGGCUGGAAGUCUCCAAUCAUACAUGAAUGAAAUGGAUCAUGAAUUAGCAUUCACCAGUAUUGGCAAAAGUUUUACCAAUCAGAAGAAAGGGGUAAAAUCCAGUAAAGUAUUUUCACAUGAAGACCCUAACACAGAUUUAGAAGGCAGUCGGAGUAAAGAAGACCCUGAUGUACCACCUGUGGACGUAGACUUGAACCUUGUGACUAACUUGCUGGAAUCCUAUAACGCUCAGGUUGGACUACCAGGACCUGUUUCUAACAUUCUGCAAAGCAUGGGAGUACAUUUGCCAGAAAAUACAGACCACAAACCUCACUAGCAGUUCAUUGAUGCAAUAAACUGGUUUCCUAGUUUAAAGGAUACCUUGCUAAGUAAAAGCAUUAUUCAAAAAACCCCUUUUUUAAUUAAGUUCUCAGAAGAUGCAUUAUGCAGGCAGAUUUAAAUCAAUGGGAGUAUCAUCAUCGGCUACUUAACCACCCUUGUGGAAUCUGUUUUCUGAAACAAAAAAUAAUUGUAACGUGGUGAGAAAAUGGACUCAUGCAAAUAUUUUUGUAAGACAUCUUAUAUUCGUUAAGAUACUUGGAAUUUUCUUGCAAAUAUCUUGAAACUUUUUUUUUUUUGAAACAGAGGAAAUUUUAUCUACAAUGUUUAAUAAACAUUACAGAACUUUCUACACUGAGAAUACCUUGAAGUGAUAUAAAACAUAACAAAACAAGUGUAUCACAAAUAAUUUAACAAAUACUUAGAAAAGCAAGUGCAUAUUUUAAAUCUCUGAAACACAAUGCUCAGCAUUCAGAAAGGGAAGGCCUGGAUGUAGAGUUAAAUAUUUUACAGAUGCCUCCAAAUUAGCAAGAGGAGAGUAUUCCUAAUGGUAGCACCAUCAGAAAAGACACCCUUGAAGAUCUUAGUGACUGGCAAAUUUCAGACACAGAACACUGAUUUCAUAGAUAGAAGGCAGGCAGUAUUGUUGCUUAUAAAGUAAUGAGGCAGCCAAAAUGGAACAAAGAUUUUUUUUCAAUGUCUAAAUACUGGUGGGUAACAUAGUUAAGGUAAUAGGCUACUGUUGCCAUUACUUAUUGAAACUGCAAAAAAAGGUGUGCUCUUUAAUAAGCAUUUUUGCCUCAGCUUCAGAGCUGAAACUGAAUUUGCAUAUCAGCAUUUUGGCUACAACUUACAUAAAGAUCAGGCCGAGUUUACUAAGGUUUCCAAACUAGAUGUUGCAUAAAUUUUGCCAGGAAUCCAAUUAUUAUGUAAGGACUUCUUUUUCAAAUCUUACAGAUUGCCAAAGGGUUUUGUAAUCUCUUCAGAUGACAAAAUUCAACAGGAAUUCAAAUGGCUUUUUACAGAUGCUCAGUUAAAUGUAAAAAGGCUUGUCCUGUUAAAGUUGUCUUUACAUAUAUUCUGAAUUGCAGUUGUCUAGCACAGGGGUCUCCAAACUCUACAGCUCAUUGACCCGUUCAUGAAGGUUAUUCAUCAACCCCUAAGCAUUUAUUAUAUGAAAAUAAUUUAAUAAAUGCUACUUUAACCAAUAGUACUUGGAUAGUCCCAUUGACCACUUUGGGGAAUCCUGAUCUAGCAUGUCUUUCAUUUUCUCAACUCAUUACC